GGACGGUCCGUUGUGACUGGAGGGGAUCCAGGUCAAAUAGAUAAUAAAUAGACCGCUGAUCGCAUCCCCCCCGUCUUCUUGAAGUUGGGGUGUGAUUCUUUAAAACCGCCAGGCCAGGAGGGAUAGUUAAAAGAUACGGAGUACCUUCUAUCUCAGGCAACAAUCAUCACCGGAGAUCCAAGAUGGCGAGGAGAUACUCCUAUUCCGAGUCAUCGGAAUCCGAGUACAGUGAGACGGAUGAGUCUAUCGAUAUCCCCUUCCCCAGGAAGAGGGUGGUCUACCGCCGACGCUCCAUAUCACGACACCGUGCCAGUCCAGAUCUCUCCAAUACCUAUCUGAGCCCCGGUGUCCAUAUCCACCGUUCGGUAUCGACGGGGCCCCGACGACGGAAGGAGGAGCCACCAACGCUCGUUGUCGAUAUCAAUAAUGACGUCCGGAAUCGCGCUAAGAGCAAGACUCGUCUCUCCCGUAAAGACACUCUGUACGAUGACUCGGAAGAAGAGACUCGACAGAAACAUCGACGGCCGCGGGCACGCACCACCACCCGCGUGCCGUCUCCGCCGGUUCGUGAUUGGGAAAUGAUGGUGGACCAACGGAUCCUGGCGAAGAAUGACGCACGUCAGGAUCUCGAGUUGAACCGACUCGAGCAAGAGAUUGCACGGCUCGAGCGGGAGGUUGCCCGGCGGACCGCGGAGGUGCGUCUCCUGAGACCGGGAGAGGAUCGAUACGAAGAGGAGACGGGCCGAAUAAAGAAGCUGGAGAAGUGGGAAAAGAAACUGGAGGAAGCGCGCCGCGAAGCGGAAUGGCGGGAGAAGAUCAAACGGCGUGAGGAGAAGGAAGAAUCCCAUCGCGAGGCCGAGCUGCGGGAGGAAUUGAAGAAAUACAAGGAGAGAGAGGCAGCCCGUCGCGAAGCGGAAUGGCAGGAGAAGCUGAAGAAGUAUGAAGAAAAGGAGGCAGCCGAGGCCGAAAAGGAGCGCAUCAUCAAAGAGCUCCGCGAUGCAGAGGCCCGCAAACUGCUGGAAGAGCAGGAACGCCAGAGGGAGCUUGCAAAGCUCAAAGCAGAAGCCAUCGAAGAGUAUAAGGCAAAAGAACUGGAGCGGAUGGAACAGGAAAGGAAGGAGAAGGAGGAAAAAGAGAGAUAUUUCCGAGAGAGGCUAAAGGAACUGGGUUACGUCGAAGAGCAGAUUGAUAGCCUGGUUAUCAACAAGGAUAAGGAGAGCCGACGAAAGGAGGAGAACAAGACGACGUGGGUCAAGGUCCACCGCAAAUACCUCCUUCCUGAGACCUUGGAUGCCUUCAACCUGCCAUGGGAAUGGGACAAAGAACUACAUCCUGAUCAAAGAGUACAUCUCCGAAGAAGUGCAGGAGGAACUCUUCGCCCACACCGAGCGCAUUCGCGGCGGAAGAAAACUCAUCGAACACACCUCCAGCUCCCAAGUCGAGCUCAAAAUCCCCGAAAAGGGCAACAAAGACAAGAUGUAUCUCGUUCGCAAGAAGAGCCCCAGGCGAUCGUGGAUCUUCACGUGAGCUGAAUCCGGGGAUGCGGAAAAAGGGAAAAGAGAGCCACAAAAGCUUGGACGCAGUGGAGAUUGAUUCUGUAUUUUGGAUUCCGUCGCCGCUUUCCCCCACUUUCCCCAUACUGAGUCUUUUGUUUCUGCUCAAGCAUGCGUGAUGUUUAUCAGAAUGCCGGCAUUCGAUUUUAGCUGUCUCUUUUUGUUGUCUUAUUCUUUUUGGUUUGCGAGUAUAAGAAUGUCUCUGGGGAUUCGGACUAUAUACCACCCAUCUGACGAAGUUAGUGACGAUUGUUGAUACCACGAUGAAAUGAAUGGCCUGUCUUGAGUUGAUUGUAAUGUUAUGGCUGUUUCUCUCU